GGACCUCAGAUGUACGUUGCUUCGACCCCUGAUAAGCGAGGUAGUCCCUGUUGAUGAAUCAUGGAGAUAAGUCUCGUCGUGACAGUCGUAGUUCCCGAUCGAGUCGUGCCGGAACGGUAUCCCGAGAACUUGAUGGAUCGGAUCGCGAUGAAUCAUCACCACGGUCGCAAUCCGCGCCGACGAUCACGCAUCUGUUCAUCAACAACUCACGAGUCAUGUCCAGGUCGCAGAAUUGGACGAAUGUUCUAGAUCCGGUUUCACAACGUCUACUCUGUAGGGUACCCGGUAGUACUCUCCAGGAAGUACAGAGGGCCGUCGAGGUUGCACAAGAUGCUCAACCUGGAUGGGCUGGUAUGGGAUUCCAGAUUAGGCGGGAACACCUGUUGAGACUGGUGGAUGUACUAAGACAGAUGUCACCAGAAAUUGUAACCUGUCUGUCACGAGAGGUUGGCAAGACAUUAGCCGAUGCGGAUGCAGAAGUCUUUCGCGGUCUAGACUGCAUACACGCCGCAUGUUCGAUCGGGCCUGAAAUGGCCGGUAUGUUCCUGGGAGGCGACGCGACAUUGCUGCAAACAUUUUACGAGCCGGUGGGCGUGUGUGUAUCAAUCACACCCUUCAGUUUCCCCUUCAUGAUUCCCCUCUGGUCCCUGCCGUAUGCCCUCAUUACUGGCAAUACCGUCAUCCUGAAACCAUCCGAAAAAACCCCAACCACAUCCUCCUUGCUGGCUGCGGCAUUCCUCAAAACUGGCUUCCCCCCAGGGGUUUUCAAUAUUCUCCAUGGCGGUCCAUCUACCGUCCAGAUGCUUGUGAGCCAGCCCUCCGUCCAAGCGGUAAGCUUCGUCGGCUCCGAAUCUGCCGCUGGCCAGGUUCAUGAUCUUGCAAGGGCCGCAGGGAAACGAAUUCAAGCGGAGUGUGGAGGCAAGAAUCAUGGGGUUGUCCUAGAGGAUGCAAAUAUGAUGCCCACUCUUUUUGCGAUCGCAGGAAGUGCCUUCGGCGCUGCGGGUCAGCGGUGCAUGGCACUCAGCGUGGCGGUAUUCGUCGGCACAACGAGGGAAUGGAUUCCUAAGCUUGUGGAAUUGGCGCAGUCGAUGGUGGUAGGGUGCGGAGGUAAUCAGGAGUCCAAGAUGGGGCCUUUGAUAGACGCAGCUGCCAAAACACAUGUCAGUGGGAUGAUACAGCGAGCGAUUGAAGAGAGAGCAACCGUCCUGCUGGACGGCCGAGACAUUGAGGUCCCGGGCUAUCCAGAUGGGAACUUCAUGGGUCCAACUAUUCUCACCGAGGUUGAGACGUACAUGGAAUGCUAUCAGGCGGAGAUAUUUGGGCCGGUGCUCAUCUGCAUGGAAGUCGACACUCUGGAAGAAGCCAUCGAUCUAAUCAAUCAGAACAAGUAUGGUAACGGGUGCUCUAUCUUCACCACAAGUGGGAAGCAUGCAAAUACAUUUCAACGCUGUGUCAAUGUCGGACAGAUUGGCGUUAAUAUUCCCUUGAUAGCGCCAUACGGGACCGCUGUCCGCACGAGUAAUAAGGAUUCUUUCCUGGGUGACCGACAUACCCCGGGAAAGACGUACUGGCCAUUUUUUACGACAACAAAGACAGUGUCGUCUCGAUGGGAUCAGUAAAGGACGAUUCAGACAAGACUGCGCCCGCCAACUACCAGACACAGAAUAUGAAUAACGGAGACGUUAUGAAAAGUGGGCUGAGUGUAUUGCUGGUUGGCCAAAGAUCUAGAAGCGUAGUACAAGCGGGUGUAAAGACCGUCUAUGGAAGGGAUCGAUGAUGAAAAGGCAUGGGAUACUAGAAAGUGAAGCUGAUCUCCUACGUCAUUCCCUGGGGAUGAGUCAGGUGCACGUCAUCAGUCAGCUCGACAACUCCACCCUCCUAGAUAUUAUCAGGU